CCGUUCUGAAGUGGCUCAAAAAUUAUAUAAUUGAUUUUGCCUAAGUGAUGAGUUUUGUGUCAGACGAACUUGCAAAUGUUUUAAAAUCGGUGUACAGGAUGGAGGAGGGUGGUGAAAAUAACAGCGAUGAGGAUUCUUCUUCUAAGGUAGACAAAAAGAAUGAGGAGGUUUUAAAAGAGAAACGCUCUAGAAAACAUAAGCACAAGAAACACUCCAAGUCGAAGUCAAAGGACAAGAAAAAGCAUAAAAAACGAAAACUCAAGUCAAGAUCAAGAUCACGUUCACUGUCUCGAUCGAGAUCACGGACACCAGACGAAAUUGAAAUCGAUUUUGUUCUUGAGAAAGAAAAAAAUCUUGACACCGAAGAAAAGGAGGGUGAGCCUGCGUUACAGUAUGGCACUAGUGGUUCUGGUAACGUUGUUCACUCAGCACAGACUAACUGCGACGAAAAACCUUCUAUCCAGGAUGUUCAUGGAUCCAAAACUUUGGAUUCCAAAGAAGAAAAGCUAGAGAGUUCUAUGAAAGGUAUCACUUCCAGAAACGACAAAAGUGACAUGAUUUUGGCUCCAUUUGCUGCAAAAAUAGAUGUGAAAAGAAUUUGUGGCAGUAAUCGUCCAAGGAGUGCUGCAAAAGAGUUGAAAAAUAAAAAGAGCAAUUCAUCCUCCGGGAGUAAGUCAAAGUCACCAGAUUCUGAAUUGUCCGGAAAUGACAAUGAGAGAGACUCAAGAUCUCAUUCCAGUGUCAGAGAGACUAGAAGAAAGUCCAGUCCACGAUCAAGUUCCAAGCAAUCAGCAAACAAGUCUAGGUCACGGUCACACUCAAGAAAAAAAUCAUCUAAAAAGAAAUCAAGGUCGCGGUCACAUUCAAGGAGUAAAACAUCCAAAAAGAGAUCAAGGUCAAGGUCAAACUCAAAAGGGAAUCACCGCAAAAGGACUGUAUCCAAGUCAAGAUCACGUUCAUAUUCAUACAACAGUAGGUCAAGGUCUAGGUCUCCAAGACGAAGGAAAAGAUCAUUCUCUAGAUCAGGAAGACAUAAAAGAUCACCCUCCAGGUCACGCCAUAAAUCUCCCGUACUUAAAAGUUUAAGACAAUUUUCUCCACCUUCCUGGAAAAGAAAUGUAGGAUCUCUCAGGAGGCAAAGGUCAAGAUCACACUCUAGAUCUGGUAGGUCACCUCCAAGGAGAAGGAGUUCUCUAAGAAGGAGACUGUCACGUUCAAGAUCAAAAGGAAGAAGGUCACACUCUAGAUCAAGAACUCAAACCCCAAGGAAGAGAUCACGAUCCUUUUCUAGGGAUAGGAGACACAAAAGAUCCAGGUCAAGGUCAAGCUCAGGAGGAAGAGGUCAAAGGUCAACAUCCAGAGACAGAAGGAGGAAUAGGAGUACUAGAUCUCAGUCAAAAUCAAAGGAAAAAACACAACCAAGCAAUCCUUCAUCAGUGUCUAAUGUACCAGUAACAGAUAAAAUAUCUACUUUGAUUAACAAACCAGUCGCAACUGAUCUUUCUGCACAGCAGACAAAAGUUGCUCAGAGGGCUGGAGGGAAAACUAUUGCUGAACUUACUGCUUUUUGUAAAAAGCUACAGGAUGAAAAGGAUAGUGUAAACAGUGGUAACACAAGUGUGAUAACUCUAAAAAAGGAAGAAGAUUCUCAGCCAGUAGCACACCAUCCAUUUUUGAUAAAAGAAAAACCAGAUAUCACAAUACCACCUGUCAUCUUUCCAGUGAACAAGCCCAUGAUCCCAAUAGUAGGGUCAUCCAAACCACUGCAGGAGCAGUUUCCUGUGUCAAGUGGAAAUAAACAUAGAGAAAAAGAAGAUGUCAGUGAUGGGGCUGAAAUGGUUACCAACACAGAUGGCACGGCAAUUCAGACACAACCAAAAGUAGAAGUGUUUCCUCAACCUUCUGAUGAGAAACUGGACAUCAGUUACCUUGUUGCUAAGCGAAUGGAUGCGCAACGUCGGCUGCAGACAGACCCUAAUGACAUUGAAGCACUGUUGGUUCUUCAGGAAAUUCAAAUGAAGAUGCAGAAUUGGUGUCAAUCAAAUGUUAAGCCAGGCCAGUUUACUGGAGAGCUUGUGAAGAAUCUUUUGCCAAAGGAAGAUUUGCAGGGAGGCUUCCAGGCAUGGGCUAAAAAGGACAUGUUCCACAACCUCACACCAGUUUCUGGCGGUAUUGGAAUGAAACUUCUCCAAAAGAUGGGUUGGAAACCUGGACAAGUAAUUGGCAAAAGAGGGGAAGGUUAUGCUGAACCCAUUGCUCUCACUGUCAAAAUUGAUAGGAAGGGUCUCAGUGCAGGAAAGGAAAAGGCCACCAAGAAAAGUGCUCCGACAGUUCUGGACCUACAAGCAGUAAAAGGCAUCAACCCCUUUGAAAUGAAGCCUGCAUACAAGCAAUUCAAUUUGCAAUGCCUCUUGAUCCGAUGUUGAGAAUUUUAGCAACACAAGGAGAUUGUACCAUCAAAUGAUGAUCACACGAAGACUUAUUUAUGAUGAAGUCAGGUAAAUAUGAUUGGGUGUGUUUUGUGGCUGGAUACCUUCAUUCUUGAACAAGUCCUAACUGAAUUUCAGAACUUUUUUUUGAAACUGUUGUGAGUUUUUAGAAUGUGUUGACUCACUAGACAGUAUAAUGCACAAAUGAGUAACUCCAUUUACAUGCCUUUUGGUCUUUUUACUUUCUCACAUCCAAUUUAUACAGAUGAAACAAUUUUGUAUUUUCCAUGAUUUGCUAAUAGUAUUGCUUUGGCAAAUCAUGUGUUAUAUACACAAAUCAGAAGAUAUAUUUUUAAGAAGUCAGCAUAAUCCUCCUAAAAAGUUAAUACCAUAACAUUAUAUGAUGCAAGUUUUUUCCAUGAUUGUAGAAAAAGGCAUUUGAUCUUUAAAAUCAAAUUAGAAAGGCAUGAAUUGAAUCCAUUUCUCACUCUGUCACCAUUAUCCUUUUAAAAGACAUUUAAGAACUUCUUGUCUCAAAUAAAGUAGGCCAGUUCUGAAAUUCAAAUUAUAGGGUUCAUUAAUGAACAUUCUUAACGCAAAAUCACCCCAGUAGUCCUUUCCAAAAAUGGAGAGAGUGCCAGAGAAAUCAUUGUCAACAUUGACUUUUUCAACGAAAGGGUUUCACACAAAUUAAAGAUAGUAGCCUGUUUUCAUGGAUCAGAAGAUGAAUCUGUUUGAAUCUAAUUUUCCAGCUCCUUUGAUACAUGAUGAUCCCAGUUAUCUUGGAUACCUCUUCCAAAAGAACAUAGGGGCUAGCUAAUCUUAAUCUUUAAUCAUGGUAAUACUCAAUCACAGGUUCCAGGGAUCAAGCCACUAAAUUAUAUAUUUUCACCUUCCAUUAUUUACAAUUUAAAGGAGUUUUUUUUAACAGUACAAAUUUGAUACUCCUGCAGUAAAAUUUCAACUCAAAAUAAUAUCUUGCUUUCCAAUGAGAUAAUAACAUUUGAUACUUGAGCAAAAUUCAGUUGAUGAUCACUUUUUCUUCAGUUCUCUCUUCAUUUUUGAAAUGGACUUUAAUGGAAGGUAACUAUCCACCAAUACAGCACAGGUUAGCAAAGCUUCAAGGCAUUGUUCCUCUUUUAUUGUUCAGGGUCAAUACAGGCCUUUUGCAAGGGUAAGUGUAUUAUUUUGCUCAGUGGCUGUUUUGGUGGAUAAACAUCUUUCUUUCAGUAGUGUCUUGAACACUGUUUCUUACACAGGAAUUGUGGCAGGGGUUAAAGCUGUAGACAAUAUUAAACAAAUGAUCUCAUAAGCUGGGGACAAAACUACAUAUUUCAGUUUCAAUAUAAUCAAAAAACAGGCUAAACCUUGGCAGUGUUCUGUGUUGCAUCAGUGUUGAAGUAUGCUUCUCCUAACCUGUUAGUUGGCCUUCUUGUGACAUGAAUAGAUCAAUUGUACAUUAACAGUGAGGCUGUCAAUUGGUUGUGCCAGAGACAGACUGUUGCUUGGCCUGUUUUUUAUAUUGUCUUCUCUAAUCCUUGUCUUGCAUUUUAUGGAGGUCCACUCUAGAAUAGCUUUAUCAAAGCCCAUAGAUGCCACAUUUUGUUGAAGUGAUGUUCAUGUUUCCACAUGCCUUUUUCUCAUAUUAAAUACUUUUUUUUGAUCUUACUUUGCAGGAAAGCACCCUGUGUCUGCCCUGGCUGAGUACUGCAGUAAAAGGAAAUGGCAACUGCCUGACUACACUUUAGUCUUUGAUCAUGGCCCUGCAC